AUGUUAUCAGCGUUGCGCGCCAGAUCUCAUCUUGACAUGCAAUACGAGGCUGCACAGCCUAUCGAAUAUAAUGAUGAUGAUUAUUUCCGCGAAGUGUUACAGUUGGACGGGCUAAUACAGACGGAGAUACAAUAUGACGAAAGAUUGAACAAAGAGGCAGAAAAUUUGGGAAUUUCGUUACCGGAUCCUUCCGCAGACGAAAGAAUCGAUAGUCCUCCAUGCGAAUCCCCUUUCAAUCAAUCGCAUCACACACAUACCGACUCGUCCUUAUCUCAAGAAAGCGAUUCUACAGGAUUAACGUCGAGAUCAUCGCAUGAACAAUUGGACAUUUCAUCAUUACCACAACCAUGGAGAAGACCUACGGCAAGGAGAAGUUUAUCAUUUCACGAUUACGAGAAAUUUGUAAAGCAAAUCGAUACUCAGAAUAAAAUCCUAAUACCUCCGCCGAUACCUGUCAGUGCCCCGGAAUCAGCGCCAUCCCUCUUUUCGGUGUCCUCGAAGCGCUCUUAUAUCAGCAUCAAGAAUGGAAUCAAAACCCGCUUCCGCCGUAAGCCCAAAACAUCUGGGGAACAAGUAAUCUCUUGCAUCUGUUGUCGGGAAGAGUUCAAGAAUUCUAGCACGUUGCAUACACUUCCGUGUGCUCACAAUUAUUGCGAAAAAUGUCUUCGAGUUCUGGCCAUGCAAGGCUGCAAAGAAGAAUCGAAGAUGCCACCCAGAUGUUGCAGCCAAGCCAUACCAGGAAACACAAUCAAAUCGGUCCUGGAUAAAGAAGAACAGAGUUUAUUCAUGAAAAGCGUUGUACAAUUCAGUACGCCAUGGGAAGCCAGGAUUUUCUGUCCAAAUACCUCUUGUGGUGAAUUUAUUCCGACACUCGGCAAAAUCGAUCCCAAGCAGCCGUUUGAGGUGGUUUGUCGAACUUGUGGAGAUAAAGCUUGUUCGAUAUGCAAACGUGCGGCACACCCGAGUGGCCAAGAUUGUCCUGAAGAUUACGAAUUAGAAGCUGUAUUGAGAAUGGCGAAGAAUGCAGGAUGGCGUCGCUGUUACAAAUGUAGAACUCUGGUAGAACUAUCUCAAGGUUGCAGUCAUAUCACUUGCCGGUGUAAAGCCCAAUUUUGUUACAUUUGCGGGGCUGUCUGGGAUCCUUCGGUUGGCUGCCCAAAUUACUGUAAUGGCGAGGAAAUGCUCGAACGUCGACGUCUCGAAGAAGAGCAGCGAAUUGCAGAAGAGGAAAAGGCAAAAUUAGCUAGGGAAGAAGCAGUGAAGUUAGAAGCGCAGGAACGUGCAGCGGCCGAAGAACGGACCAGAAAGAAUGCCACAUUGAACGCCCUUCGGGCUUGUCAAAUUAAUGAAAGAGACCGAUUUUGCGCCUUUGAGAGAAAAAUGAAGUGGAUCAUGUGGACGCGGCACGGUCGAGCCAAAAUUGAUAUUUUGGAUCGCUACGGUGAGCUCUCAACAAAAAUGAAAGAACGCCAUCAAAGGACCUCAACGCAUCUAGAAGAUCGGCAAGUCGCUGCUGAGAUGGAGCUGAGAGCCACUUUAAAGCAAAGCGAAAGAAGCGUGCAAAUUCGUUUGAAGCAUAUGGAAGCUUACUGCAAUGGACUUGGUAGAAGUUCUGGUGGUUAUGAUGUACAAAGAAUUGUUACCGAGAAAGAUCUUAGAGAGCUUGGGCAGCAAUACAACAUUCGGGACGACUUGGGUCGUUUACAUCAGAGCAGGAUUAACGUUAUGCGGGACAAGCAAGCGAAACAAAUGGAAAACUUAAUCAUUCGACAAGACGAUGAACUUAAAAAUCUAAUGGUCAAGCAGAAUCAAGAGUUAGAGGCUCUAGAGGAGAUGCAUAGCAGAGAAGAAGAAGGAAUAAUGACACUGUUCAUAGAAAGAAAAUCACGACUCACACGGAGAUGGUACUUAGUCGAAGAGGUGGAACGAAAGAAGCUCACUAAUGCAGAUGGCGUGCAAUUCGUAGCCAUGCCACCGAUACUGUGGCCUCAAUCAAUGAAGUCUCCAGCUCUCGGCCUGGAAGCUGUUUUCGAGUGA